AUGAAAAGAAUAUAUAAAAAAGGUCGAUAUCGUUGUUGUGGCGAAGCAGAACACACGAGAAGGAACUGUCCAAAGAGGGCUGCUGCCGAAGAGGCUGCUGCAGCUGCAGAAGCUGCUGCUGCAGAGGCUGCCGCUGCACAACCCACUGCUGCUAAUGGUGGUGAAGGUCAGGCCAACUCUGCUGCCCCUGUCCCAGAAGCUCCAACCAAAAUCAAUCUUGACCAAAGUCAACCACCCUCGGAAGCAACUGAUGACUCUCAACAGGUUCUACCCUCACCUGUUAGGCCGCCGAAGCUCCCUUUAAAAAGAAAGUUAGCCAAGGGUUGUGAAAAACCAGCUUCAGGAAGUAGCAAUCCACCAGUAACCACCCCACCUGCUGCUACCCCACCAGGAAGUAGUCAUACAUCAAUGAAUCUCCCACCUAACCCUAUGCAAGGUGCAACACAGGGAACUACUACAAGGCUUGCAAAUUUCAUGAAGUUUGUGCCCAAUCCUGGAUUCAAGGCACCCAGACACAAAAAAUGAAGAUUAGGAUGAUUA